CCGAUUGUAGCCAUUCAGCAGCCUGGCGCCGCAGAGAGCGCAUCCACAGCGAGACUGCAGAGCGGCCAUUCACAGCGCAGACAGACGGAGGAACAGGCGGCAUCCGCAGGCGCAAACACAGCAACACAGCCCGCAUGGUUCACAUCCACAGACGGCGACCCACAACAGCUUUCUACCCUGGAUCUCCGAGGAGGAAGACAGAGGUGGAAGAGCUUUUGCGCGUGGAGCCGUGGAGUUAUAUAAUAGCAGAGGAAGCGUCGCCUCGUCGCAGGGCCGGUGUGACUCAUUGAUAAAUAACACGGGCUUUCUCCGGUCAGAUGCAUGAAUGACCGCCAGUGAAGGCAGCCCGCACCCGGGGAAUCUGUGAAGGAGACCCGCGCGUUUUUAAUCCUUAUCUUUCCAAAGCGCACGGGGCUUUGGAGGACAUUUGGAGGUUUUGAUUUAGCAUUUUCUGCACUUUUUUUCCACAGCAUUACCCCCAGUCCCUUGUGUUGCUGUGGGCCCUGACAAAAGACACUGUUUUUUUCCGGGGUUGCUCCUUCCAGCCUCCAGCUCCUCAAACUUCGCUUCUUUAAAUCAUUUUUGUGCACCUGCUUAUAAAUGCUUGACAAGCUCAAGCCCGUCGUCCAGCUCGACUCGGUAAUGGCGAUCAGCAAGACGGUGGGCUGGCUCCGGGAGCAGCUGGAGACGCGCAGGGACGGCCUGCUGGUGAUGGACUGCCGGGCCCAGGAGCUUUACGAGUCGUCGCACGUCGACACGGCCAUCAAUGUGGCCAUACCGAGCCUCAUGCUCCGCCGGCUCAAGAAGGGCAACUUGCCUGUGCGCUCGCUGCUCUCCGACGGGGAGGACCGGGAGAAGUUCGUGCGCCGGUGCAAGACGGACACCAUCGUGCUGUACGACGAGUACAGCCGGGAGUGGAACGAGAACGUGGACGGGGGGUCGGUGUUGGGUUUGCUGCUGAGGAGGAUGAAGGACGAAGGCUACAGGGCCUAUUAUCUGGAGGGUGGCUUCAGUAAAUUCCAGGCCGAGUAUCCAGCCCUGUGCGAAACCAACCUGGACGGCUCCUCCAACACCAGCUCCCCCACCGCACAUGUGCUGGGCCUCGGAGGGCUGCGCAUCAGCUCCGACUCGUCGGACAUCGAGUCUGACAUCGACCGGGACCCGAGCAGCGCCACGGACUCGGACGGCAGCCCGCUGUCCAACCCGCAGCCCUCCUUCCCAGUGGAGAUCCUGCCGCACCUGUACCUGGGCUGCGCCAAGGACUCCACCAACCUGGACGUGCUGGAGGAGUACGGCAUUAAGUACAUCCUCAACGUGACUCCCAACCUGCCCAACCUCUUCGAGAAUGCGGGGGAGUUUAAGUACAAGCAGAUCCCCAUCUCGGAUCACUGGAGCCAGAAUCUGUCUCAGUUCUUCCCUGAGGCCAUCAGCUUCAUUGAUGAAGCUCGAGGCCAGAAGUGCGGCGUCCUGGUCCACUGCCUGGCCGGCAUCAGUCGCUCCGUGACAGUCACGGUGGCCUACCUGAUGCAGAAGCUCAACCUGUCCAUGAACGACGCCUACGACAUCGUCAAGAUGAAAAAGUCCAACAUCUCCCCCAACUUUAAUUUUAUGGGCCAGCUCCUGGACUUUGAGCGCACGCUGGGCCUGAAGAGCCCGUGUGACAACCGCAUCGCGCCGCCUAGCCAGCAGCUCUACUUCACCACCCCAACCAACCACAACGUCUUCCAGCUGGACCCCCUGGAGUCCACGUGAGGUCUGCUGUCACACCCCUCUCUGCUUUGCUGGAGGUUUCAUUAGGCCUCCUGUUGGUAAAAGCUGCAAAAAGUCUCUCUUUUUUUCCGCCGUCUGCCAUGGGGACCGAGCUCUUGACCUUAUUGAUACAGCUGGUUUGAGGCGCCUACUGCUGAGCGUGGUUACUGGAGGGCCGAAGCUGUCUGGUCAAGACGCAGCUGCUGUUGACUAAAUGAGGAGAGACAGAAACGAGGAAGAGUGCAGAUACUUUCUUCAAUCUUGUAUCCCUGUCGAACUCCUGGGGUCAUAUAUCUCUUUUUGUCAUUGUGUCUGAGGAAGUGAUUUGUCGGACAGCUGGUGGGCUGGUGUGCCAAAGAGAUUGUUCAAACUGGACAGAUCUGAAAUAAACUCUUUUUUUUAUGUUCGUUUUGGGGUCUAGCACUGGUUUCCCCAAGACGUCAGGGUGCGACGUCUCCUUUGUCUUCUAUGAAGACUUGCCUGUGUGGGGUUAAAGCACCCCAGCUUUAGAUGGCAUACUAUAUAUUGGACUCGAUUUUACACUUCUGGAGUCUUUUCAACCAUUUAUACAUUGUGUAUAUAUAUCUUAAUAUAAAAUACAGCAAAAGCCUUGCUCUAGUAUAUACCCUUUUCAACAAGUGGGUACCGAAGAUUCUCUUUGUUUCAUAUUUUACUUUUAUGUAAGCAAACAAACUGAUCAGUAUGUUUUAAGUUGAUUAUGCCAAAAAUCAAGUAGGCUUUCCAAGAAUUGUGCAAAAAUGUGUACAUGUGUAAUAUAUUUGAUAAUCGCUUUAUGUGUGAAUUCAGCCGACAGGCCUUGUUUUUGCACCCACCCUCACAAAUCAAAGUCACCUUGGUUGUUUGCCUUACGUUUGUGCUCAGAAGGUUUUUAUUGAGCAUUAGCCUCCAGAGAGAUUCACUGAUUUUCUUUAAUUUUCAUACAAAAACACCAAACUGCGAGCAGAUUUUAGAGCUGUUUUUAAUUUGGCACAUAGACGAUAGCAUACGUUUGAGUCAAAACGGCCAACGUGUAAUCUGGAUCUCUGAAGGCUAAUGUGAGUAAUCUUCAUCUGUGUACAAGUGGUAAAAGUCUCUGACAUGUGGACAAAGUUAGGAGGCUUUGCUCACCUCGCCUCUUCAGGGAAAACUCUGUGAAAUGCAGUUUUUAUUUGUCAAGAUGAGUGAAGAAGAAUCCAGAGCUUUGGAGGGUUCUGUCGCCCCUCUGCACAGAGAAGGCCAUUUUUCAGAGGAAGCCAUCUUGGUGACCUCUGCCAACCCGCUCCACUUUCCUCUCUUACGAAUGUAAAGAAAAGAUAAGUUAUUAAUAAAUUGCUAUUUUGUCUACA